UGCACCGCGAGGCGCUGCGCAUGACAAUCAGGGAGCAGACUGCACUGCUGCUGCUGCUGAGUGCUGAGAGUUUCAGAGGCGGUUGCCAUGGAGCCGGCCUGGCGACAGCAGGGCAGGGGGCGUGGCCGGAGUCAGGAGGGUCAGGGUGAAAGGUCACGCCCCCCACAGAAGGAGAAAGAGAGGCCGGGGGGCGCUGCAGCAGGAGUGUGGGGGGCAGGACGAGGAGGAGGAGGGAGGACGAAGUCUGCCACAGCACCUGAGCCUCAACACGGUGUGUCGGUCCAGUCCAAGUUUGAGGAAAUCAGGAAGUCAAACCAGGCGGCUGCUCAGCGAUUGGUGGAGAGCCAAAUCAGCUCCUCCUCUGAUGAAGAUGAUGAUGAUGAUGACGAUGAUGAUGAUGAUGUAGAGGUCAACCACAAGGAUGGAAAGAGAGGGAAGAUUUUGGCGUCGACCUUCACGACCUACACCGACCAGACAGGUGGUGAUGCCACAGCUCUGGUCAGGACUGGUCAGUAUGUCAGCGACCUGUUUCAGUCUGGAGCUCUCACCUGUCUCAUCUGUAUUGCCUCCGUCAAGAGGACACAAGCGGUGUGGAGCUGCUCCAGCUGUUUCUCUCUCUUCCACCUCCCCUGUAUUCAGAAAUGGGCCAAAGACUCGGCCUUCCUCGUCUCCUCUGUCACUGAUGAAGACUUUGGUCAGAAGCAGCACCCCUGGCCCUGUCCAAAGUGUCGAGCUGAGUAUCCCCCCAGUGCCACGCCCAACAGGUACAUGUGUUACUGUGGGAAGCUGCAGGAUCCUCCGGCUGAUCCCUGGUUGGCUCCUCACUCCUGCGGCUCCGUCUGUCAGAAGGAGCUCAAACCCACCUGUGGACACACCUGUCUGCUGCUCUGUCACCCCGGUCCCUGUCCGCCGUGUCCAAAGAUGGUGUCCGUCUCCUGCAUGUGUGGCAAAGCUAAGCCCCUCCCCCGUCGCUGUAGCAACAAGGCCUGGUCGUGUCAGCAGCAGUGCAGCAAGUUGUUACCCUGCAAACAGCACACCUGUACGCAGCCCUGUCACACAGAGUGCUCUCCCUGUCCCAGAGUCAGUGUUCAGAGGUGUGUGUGUGGGAAAGAGAAAGCAGAGAGACCCUGUGCCAGCCCCCAGUGGAACUGUCAACAGGUGUGUGGCUCUCCUCUCUCCUGUGGGAAUCACACCUGUGAGGUUUUGUGUCACGAUGGAGUUUGUCCUCCGUGUCCUCGCUCCGUCAGCAGAUCCUGUCCCUGCGGCAAGACCAAGUCGUCUCUGCCGUGCACAGAGGAAGUGCUGCCAUGCGGAGACACGUGUGACCGGCAUCUGUCAUGUGGAAAACACACCUGUUCGAUGAGAUGUCACAGAGGGAGCUGUGAGACCUGCAGACAGGAGGUGGAGAAGGAGUGCAGGUGUGGUAAAUACAGGAAGUUGAUGCCGUGUCAUAAAGAAUACCUGUGUGACUCCAAGUGUCCAAAAACCAGAAGCUGUCAGAGACACCAGUGCAGGAGGAAGUGUUGCCCCAGUAACUGCCCUCCGUGUGACCAGAGCUGCGGUCGAACUCUGGGGUGUCGCAACCACAAGUGUCCCUCCGGCUGUCACCAAGGUAGCUGUUAUCCCUGUCCCGAGUCGGUGGAGGUCAGAUGUUCCUGUGGCUCCACCGCCCUGGCCGUCCCCUGCGGGCGAGAACGCAGCACCAAACCUCCUCGCUGUAAAGAGACCUGCAGGUGUCCUCCAUCCUGCCACCACCCGACCAGAGAGAGCCACCGCUGCCACCCCGGGCCCUGCCCCCCCUGCAGACAGCCCUGCCUGCUGCCGCUGCCCGGCUGCAGCCACACCUGCCCGCAGCCCUGCCACGACCGCGUGCUGGUCAAGUCCCAACAGGUGCAGUUGGCCGGUCCGUGGGAGCAGCCGUCUGAACCAGCGUUUGUCCAGAAAGCUCUGCCCUGUCCGCCCUGUCAAGUGCCCAUACCAACGGCCUGUUUUGGAGAACACGAGGUCAGCCCUGUGUCGUGUCACCGUCAGGGACGAUUCUCUUGUAAACGACCCUGUGGACGACCUUUGACCUGCGGAAACCACAACUGCAGCCGCGAGUGUCACCUGGUUACCAACAGCAACAAGUGUGAGGUGUGUGAGGAGGCCUGCUCUAAGUCCCGCCCUCCCGGCUGCCCUCACCCCUGCUCCCGCCCCUGUCACCCUGGCAACUGCCCCACCUGCAGCCAGAUGAUCCGCCAGCGCUGCCACUGCAAGAUCAGCAUGCUCUACGUGGAGUGCACGAAGUUGACAUCAGCUGAUGACAAGACGAAAGUGGAGUUGGGCUCCUGCAACAACCAGUGUCCUAAAGAGCUGAGCUGUGGUCACCGCUGUAAGCAGGUGUGUCAUCCAGGUGUGUGUGAGGAGAAGUGUCAGCAGAAGGUGAAGCUCAGGUGUCCCUGCAAGAGGAUCAAGAAGGAGUUCCCGUGCUCUCUGUCGGAUCAGUCGGUUCAGUGUGACGACGCCUGCAGAGACCAGCAGAAGAAAGUCAGCCAGCUGAAGGAGGCGGAGCAGAGAGCAGCUCAGGAGGAGGAGCAGAAGAGACUUCAGGAGGAGCUGGAGGCGUUCGAGAAGCGUCAGCAGCGAGGAGGUCGGAGGAAUAAGAAGCGGGGGAGGAGGGAGGAGGUGGAUGAUGAGGCGGGGAGGGUAGGGUGGUGGUGGAGGAGGUGUGCCGCCUUCGUCCUCGUCCCGCUGGGUGGAGCUCUGCUGUCCGCCGCCGCCUACUACCUCCUGACCACGCCCUGAACCAACGCAUCAACAAAACCACGUGAAAACGUGUUCGGCUGUUUUUCUGUUUUCUGUCUUCACGUCAUGUUUCCAUUGCUGCCUGCAGUUUUAUUUUGUUUGACUCUUCCUGUUUGUGACUUUUUCUGUCGGUUUCUGACUCUGUAAUUUAACAUUAGUCCCUGUAGAGAAGUCUUGUUUUUCAUAGUCGUAGUUAAGUUUCUUCCUGCUGAAGGUCAGGUGAAGGUUGAGUAUGAUUUAAAAUAGUUCCCAUACCAACGCCAACAAACAUCACAUGAAAUAAACAUUUAAUUUAAAUUAUUCAACAAACUUAAAGUCAUCGCUGUUAAAUUUCUGAACUAGAGCUGAUCAUUUUCCUCAUUGAUUAUUCUGUCAGUGAAACGUUUGGACGAAAACACAGCGGAAAACGGUGGGAAAUAUCCGUCAGCAUAUCCUUGAGCCCACGGUGAUGUCAUCAAAUGUCUUGUGUCCGACCACCAGUGCAAAGACAAGAAGAUCUUCAGUUUUAUUAUACCGGAAAAAAAAAGACGGAGGUCAUUUAUCACAGUUUUCUGUUAAUAAAUGAAUCGACUAAUUGUUGCAGCAGGUCACAACCAACUGAGUUUUUAAUCAACAUCAAUGAAAACUGAUCAGUAAUCAAUAAUUAAUAAUCACAAGUGUAGAAGUCAAAGUUAAGUUUUAUAUUUGUUUAUGUGUUUGAUUUUGGCUCCAGAUGAAAAAAAGUUUAGUGAUAUUAUAUUUCGUUGUGAAGACGCCUCAGUAACACGGAUCCAUCAGAUACUGAAAAGAAACCUUUUACUUUGGGAACAAAAAAAGUUUCCAUGUUUUUUGUUUUUGUCUUUUCUUUUUCACAACAUUUGAAAAAUAAAACAUAUAAAACUUUAAAAAA